AAACUGAGAAAUUAUGAAAACUUUGACUUUGCAAAGAGAAUGGAGCAAUUCCUUUCUCAUUUCUAUUUCUUUUCAUUCCCCUUUGGGUCAUCUCAAAAGGCCCCAGCCUUGAUCGCUUGCAGUUCCGAGGAUCGAUCUCUCUAAAGGCGUUGACCUUUCCCACCUUUGUCCGUCUGCUCAUCGCCUGAAAUGUUCCCCUGGAAGAAACCCUCCAAACGCCAACCGGUGGCCUGCCCCAAUAUCAUCACGCCAGACAGAAUCCCCCCGUUCUUGAUCCCGCCCAACCUGGCUUCCAUUCAAGACCGGCGUAUGUGCAGGAAUCAAGCCCACGAAGAGGUUGCCCAGGGGGACAGCGAAGAGAAAGCGGACCUCCAGACCAAUGGACCUCUCCAAGAUGCCUCCUCCAUGCCUCAGCUCCCCGGCCUCCCUCUCCUUCCGGAGAGUCCGCACACUCGCCGCCGAGAGUCCCUUUUCCACAGCGGACAGACGCCCCAUCGGAGCCACUUCACCCGUAUCACAACUCCGCAACGGAAGACCCAUUUGGCCCCGGAGAGUGACACGGCCUCCUCCACGGAGACUUCCCCCUAUAGCUCCCCGCUACUAAUGCGUUCCUUGGGUGCGCUCCCGUUGUGCCGUGGCUACCGCCGGAGGUGUGGAAGCCGUUCAACCAUUGCGGGCACGACUUCUCGGCCGAGUUCUUUGUCCACAGAGGAGACCAGUUCCACAGAUACGAGCCCCAGCUUCCCCCGCCGAGAAACAGAGCCUCCCUGGGGUCACUUCACCUCUACGUCCUUCUUCCCGCUGGACUGGGUCCGCUGCCGCGAGAGGCUCACCAAGGAGGUGAUGCUAACGGUGAGCAAAGGAGGGCGAGUGAGGCUCUCCAGCGAGUAUCUUCAACCCCAAGGGAGACUCCGUAUCCGGUUAGUGAGUGCCGAGGCCUUCUACCCAUCCCAUUGCGACCCGAGGCACAUUCACUGUUGCGUCUCUCUCCGGUUACGCCCCGGGGCCAGGCAGAGGCAACGCAGCGCUGUGGUGAAGCGGAGCCGGGACCCCAUCUUCAACGAGGACUUUUUCUUUGAAGGUCUCUUGGUCGACGAUCUUCCCCGGCUGAGCCUCAGGCUCAAGGUGCUGAACAAGGGCUCCGGGAUGCGGAGGGACGCCGUGUUGGGCCAGUGCGACAUUCCGCUCGAUUCGCUCUUACCCUGAAAGGCCUGGACGAAGGGAAAGAAGGCAUGCUGAUCAAAUCUGCUACUGUGAGGACGUUUUGGAGCUAUUGACUGGCCGAACCUGAAAGGUGCUUCCCAAUGGAUCCUCUUUCUUCACCCUGGAGAGAAGAAAGAGUCCUAUCCUGGGUCCAGUGCUAUUCAACAUCUUUACCGAUGACUUGGACAACACAAUAGAAGACAUGCUUAUCAAAUUGGCAGGUGAUGCCAAAUGGGAAGAGAUGGAUAAUAACAGAUUAGACCUGGGCCAAAACAAAUCAAAUUGAAUGUAAGGUAUUACACUUAAGCAAUGUACAGGUAUAGGAUCGGAGGCACCUGGCUGGAAAACAGUCCAUGGGAAAGGGAUCUAGGAGUCUUAGCAGACCACAAGCUGAACAGGAGCCAAUGGUGUGAUGUGACAGCUGACAAAGCCAAUACAAUUCUUGGCUGCAUCAGUAGAAGUCUAGUAUCUAAACUGAAGGAAGUUAUGGUCCAACACUAUACUUCUUUGGUCAGGUCUCACCUGGAAACCAUGAACCCCUUUGAGGAGCAGCUUAGGAACCUAAGGAUGUUUAACUGAGAGGUGACAUAUUAGUCACAUUUAAGUUUCUGAAAGGUUAUCCAUUGAUGAGGGAGUCAACUUGUUUUCUGAUGCUCCAGAGACAAGGAUCCCAAGCUGCAAGGAAAGAUAUCCCACCUAAACAUUAGGAAGAACUUCCUGAUGGUGGGAGAUGUUUGACAAUGGAUUGUGCUGCUGCCUUGGAAUCUGGCAGAGCCUUGUCUUCUUGAAGUUUUGAAACAGAGGCAGCAUGGACAUCUGUUGGGAGAGCUUGGAUUGUAUCAUCCUGCACAGCACAGAGACCCCCUCAAGGUGCACUUCAUGUCCUGGUGGACUUUGGGGGAGGAUGGACCAGAGAUGAUGGGAUACGCAGUACUUUUACCUGCUUUGGACUUAAAAUGAUCAUUAUGACUCCCACGAAUGACGGACCUGGAUCAACUUUGGACUGGAUGGACUUUGGGGGUGUUUUCCAACUCUAGGGAG